GUUUUGAGUCGAUCAUGGUUCGAAGGAAACUAGAGUGUUUCAGCGUAUUCUCUCGGAUGUCAUGCGGACGAGCAGGUCCGUCGCCAUUGGGUCAAGCCGGAUUAGGCUGAGGUGUUAAUCUCGGCAUCGGUCAAGCCUGCGGCGUCAAGCCCCAGGCGGCGGCCAUGGGCAGGCGCUACGCAGCCGCGGAUGCUUUCGCAGACCCAGCGGUGUGCCUGGAGGUCGCAACCUUUUUUGGUUCUGUGGAGGCCUUCGCCACCCUCUCCGCUUCCACGCUGCCAGCGUGUCGACAAGCCUCGCGGCUGCUGCGGAUGCCAUACUUGUACGCGCUUGUCGGUGGUGGGUUGAGGUGCUCAUCUGCAACGCCCUGGCUGGGAUCGUGCUGGUCGGGUGUGCGCAUCAAUCUUGGGACAGGCAGGCCCGAGAGGCUGCCGCCCACUCUGAACGGUGCCGCCAGGGUAGCAGGCGCUGUGCGCGUCGUGGAGGCCGAUGGUCACGUGUUCGUCCUGACAGAGCUUAUUCUAAGGCACAAGAAGGGCUUUGCGCUGGAGGCCUUCGACCCCCGCAGGCGCACGUGGGAGGAAAGGAUCCCGAGGCGUCAGGGAGAGCCCGACCUGCUCGUGCAGGGUGACGGCAGCCUCUUUCUGUCCUACAACUCCGAAGUCGAGGGGCCCAGGGGCAGCACCUUGGAGCUCAACUUCUGCCGCUACGACGUCCUGUCCGGGGAAGCCGAGGCCCUGCCCCCCAUCCCCACGCUGCGCUGCGGGGGCGGUCACUGCGUGCUGGAGGGCGCGCUGUACGUGGCUGGGGGCUACAGAUUCCCCGACGGUGCGGGAGCGCUGCCGGCGCUCGCGGACUUCGACCGCUUUGUCCCCGCCAGGCGCGCUUGGGAGCGGCUCCCUCCGAUGCCCACGCCGAGGUUGCUAUGCCGGGCCGUGGCGUCUGGCGGCUGCGUCUACACCGUGGGGGGCCUGGGGCCGCAGGGUUGGAGCGCGUUGGAGCGGUUCGAUCUGUUGGAGGGCGCCUGGACUUCGCUGGCGGCUCUGCCGACGCCCCGCAGCCCGUCUGCGCAGGUGCUGUCAUGCCAAGGUUCUAUAUAUGUCUUUGGCGCCGCCGCCGGCACGCCCUCCAGGGAGCUGCUGGUGGAGCGCUUCGACCCCGGCGCGGGGCGCUGGAGCCGGCUGCGGAGCCUCGACGGCCACGAAGGUGAAUCUGGUAUCGAAUCGGGAGUGAAGGCGGUGUGCUACCAGGACCGCGUGUUCACCAUGCGCGCGCAGGCCGGGGGGCGCGCGAAGAGCGCCCGCGAGCCGCUGCAGGUUGUCGUGGAGGAGUACUGCGAGCGGCGGAGCGCAGACCGCGAGCUCGCCAGGCUAACGGCCCUCCAUGGGCAUUCGGGCCUGGCCGUGGCCACUGGGCCGGAGUGAGCACUCUUUCCAAGCCGUGGCCACUGGGUCUGAGUGGAGCUCUGCCCCGUGUUUCUCCCAUGGGGGUCGUGUCGCAGCGUAUCCAUGACACCUGCGUCCUCCUGAUUUGCAGCCCCCGUGUAUACGGUUCCUGAGGUCCUCGUCUCCAGGCCGUGGACACUGGGUCUGAGUGGAGCUCUGCCCUGUUCUUCUCCCAUGGGAGUCGUGUCGCAGCGGCUCCACAAUACGUGUGCCCACCUGAUUUGCGGCCUUCGUGUAGAUAUUCGCUGCAUUCUGGUUCAAUCGUGGCACCUGGCGCUGUUGCACCCAGUAGAGCUGGUUGGAGCAUUAAUUCGGAGCCUAUGCUAAGGCUCCCUGUUUUAUACCAUGCUUGCACGGCCCCCUGCGAGGUCGCAUUUUCCGCGCGUGUCGAUUGAAUAUGUCGAAGCGGAGCGCUGUGAACAGUUGUUGCCCGUGAGGCACACCGCGUCGCUACCAGUGCAGUGUGACUUAGCCUGCGUCAGUUUGACAGGCAACCCAGGGAUAGAAUUUGAAGUCACAGGGGCGUCCGAAAAAAAGCCACGUGUCCGCUGCUCAAGUGGGUCUUGCUCCCCUGGUACCCUCCCCCAAGAGACCUGUUGGGGCCCUCGGUAUGGGCUCGCCUGCCUGGAUCGCCUUGCGUUGUUUGCUUCCAUGUUGUCUGUGCGUCGAGGGCGCUCG